AUGGAUCCCCUUUCCAUCGCCGCUUCAUUGGCCGGUCUAAUCACAAUAUCAACCCAAAUCAUUAGCAUCAUCCAUACCAUCAAAUCCAAGAACAACAAAGAGCUAGAAUCAAUUUUCAGAGAAGUCCAAGCUGUACGGGGUAUACUAUGUCAGAUCCAACAGAUCGUACAGUUCCAGUCUGCGAAGGAAACCAAGAAUUCUGAAUGGCUUGAUGCACUCAACUCUACGCUGGAUGAUUGCGGCGAUACUUAUCUCCAACUGCAGAAGUCCUUGGAGGGAUUUGUCUCGACCUCAAAACUUGCAGCAUUGAAGAAGAAAGUUAAAUGGACAUUGAAAGAAAAGGACAUUCAGGACUUGUUGAGAAAGGUAGAGAGCUACAAGCUUUCACUGGAUUUGUUAUUAUCUGUCCAAACGAGCACAACCACAACGAAUAUCGAGGAUGUGCUCAUUCAAGUGCAGAAGAAGCUAUUACUAGCGCCACCUAUCCCUUCUGCAGUUCGGACACCCUUGUCGUGGAGAAAGAAGUUGGCAGGCUUCCAGACAGACAAUCAGGCCUCUCAGACAAGCGAUUCCGAAGAUAGUUCGUCAAACUCGGUUGUUGGUGAUGAUGAUAUUCCUGCUUCGUACAUCAUUUCAGGACCGAAAACCACUGGCUGGACAGUCCCAGGGGUCUUCGGUAUAAACCAGGACGAAGGCAAAGACGCCCCUGACCUGAACAGCCCAAGCCUCGUUUGCAUCAGUGAAAUAUCCGUUGGUCCGAAUAAGAUCAGCUUGUUCUGUUGCUGGGAGCAACACCUAGCGAACGAGAUGCUAACACCUAUACGGGCACACAUUCUAUUCAAAGGACCAAAACCCGGGGAUUUAUAUUUUAUACAGCUUGAAGAGUCCUCUAUGACCCAACCGACCGAACGCUUCUUUGUAUCAGUGGGCAAAUGCAGCUUGGUAAUUGCCCGGUGCAACACCAAGGGCAGUGUAUGCCCUCUAAGUCAGCUUGACGAGCGUGACGACAAAGAGCAGUUCCACCUCGCACUUGAACAGUUUGCCCUGAAGUCAAGCCCGGAUUCCCAACAGGUGCUCGUCAAUUUCGAGAGCGUACAAGACCGAGAGACCUUCUUAGGACGUCUUGAUGCAGUAAAAUAUCUGCAGCGCAUGGAUAUGGCAUUCAUUCUGUCGAACAACUUCUACCACCACUCGCCUUACCAGAAGAGAGUCCAACAUGUACAGAUAGGCUACGCAGAUGGUACCGAAAAGUCAUACAUCUAUCCCUAUCUAUAUCUUGAUUAUCCCGUCGAAGGCGAUCUUGUCAUGCUUGCGUGCUCGACAAAACCAAAUAACGAGGAGGCGGUGGUAUUCAAGGAAAAUAUCCUUGGGCUUGAUUUUCAGAUAGUGGGAUCUGAAGCUAUUGUAUUCACUAACCAGAGUGGAGAGGCCAUCCAAACUAUAUCCGCUACUCUCGGAUCUCUCGAUGAGCUGUUUCAUAUGUUUCAUCGAAUGAAAGAUGCCGUGAGAGAGUGGGAAUCUACAAGAACAAACGGCGUGGAUGAAUUUAUUGUCCAGAAAGAAUGGCCAGUGCAGCGCCUCGAAUUUUUGAAAGAUUCUUUGGCUGUUACAUGUUUAUUCCACAAUGUUCUCGCUGUUGUCAAAGUGGACCAUUUCCAAAAGCGGAUGAAGAUGGACAUAUUGAGGGAAGACUCGCGGGAGAUAGUAGCUUCCUGUCACGUGAUGACUUCGUCUGUGCUGUUCUAUAAGGAGCAUUUCAGAAAAGACUCCUCAGACAUUUUCGUUGACCCAGUCGUCCAAGCUGGCUUUUGGGAUCUCAGAAAAGGCAGUGCUACACCUGAGGAUUAUCAAGGGGGACAGGUUAAGAUUCAUGGCAAGAAGGCAAAGCAGAUCUGUGAUGAACUUGAAGAUAUUGUGGAAGGUUUGAAGAGUAACACCGUUGAUGCACAGAAGAGAUUUCUGAAAGAGAUUGGGCAAGCGUAA